ACAAAAAAGCAACACAAUUGUGUGGUGACUGUGGCAAAACUUUAUCUUAAAAUGUAAGGAAUCAGAAUGUGUGAGGUAGGUUUAUACUCUGUUUCUUGACUAUUAUGUAAUGAAGUAAUUGGUCCCUUACAGCAUGUCAAAAAUACAGACGAUGGGAGAUUAUGUUUUUUCUUUCCCCCGCCUGUUUCUGGUGUAUAGGUUAAAGUUAUAUAAGGACAGGGGAGUUUUCUUUAAGAGCUGCAGUUGCUGUACCACACUUGAUCCACAUUAUACAGCUGUUAGCGGUGCAUUGUGGGACUGUCUGGCUGUGGAGGAGCUGCUCUGCUGUAGCGCGCGUUUCUCCUGAUAGAUAUUCACUUCAGACUGCCAGAGGAUUCACCGGCAUGUUGGGGCUCAUCGCCAAACAGCUCAAGAGCCACCCUGCUCUCAUCCCCCUCUUCAUCUUCAUCGGUGGCGGGGCGAUCAUGAGCAUUACGUACCUGAGUCGGCUGGCUCUGAGAAACCCUGAUGUCUCAUGGGAUCGCAAGAACAACCCCGAGCCCUGGAACAACAUGAAGCCUGAUCAGCAGUACAAACUCUACGCAGUUAACAUGGACUACUCCAAGCUGAAGAAGGAAGGGCCUGAUUUCUAAAUCUUCACUUGCCCGUCUGACAUUAUCGUCAGUGUUAAAAGCUGUUGCACUUUUUGCCAAAUCCAAAAACAAACCCAUGACACAGAAUGAAGGUUGAAUCAUUUGAACUCAUUCAGUCAUUUUCAGUGUGAAGGGGGAAAGGGAUCAUACUCUUAUCAAUUACUAUAUGAAUAAAACAGGCAACCACCUGUUAUACUAAUUGAUGAAUUUAUUUUUGAUGUUGUGUUGAUAAUUAAAACUAUUUAAAUAUC